AUGGAGAAUAACUUAAUUAAUAAAAGUGAAAUCAGUAAUUCCGAAAAUAAAUGGACCAAUUCUAAAUCAAUAGUUUCUGAAACUGAUACUUCUAAUUCUAAUCCAGAUAGUGAUGAACAGAACCCAGAGGAUUUGCUUCUUCCAAUUUUUACUGCCGAUCUUAUAUUAGGUUAUGGUUACGUCAAUCAAAAAUCUGUGAUAGAACCAGAAGCCAGAGUUAAAGAACCAAAGAACCAUGCUAUAAAUCAGAUUUUUACUCCUCCACCUCCCAUUCCAAAGAGGCAUCUUCGAAAAGAGGCAAAAGCACAUUAUUCCGCAAUAAAAAGAAACAAACAUUAUUCCACCAGUAAUAAUUCUGACUCUUAUACUUCUAACUCAAAGAUUAUUCCUUCGUCCAGUUCGGGAUCAGAAAUUAUAAAUGUUCAAAGACAAUGGGCGUUAGGAUAG